AUGUUACUGCGCAAGAUUCCCAGACGCAAACUUAGAGGACAAACCUGGCGGUCAACCAUGGUACCUAGAGCUACUUCCAGUACCUUGCCCAGGGGAGCGCUGAUUGCAUUUCACAUCCCACAACCUCUCGGCCACCUCACGCUAGAAAGAAACACUGAUACGGCCCUCUUCUCGGUGCCCCCAGCGACUGCUUUGUCACGUAUCGUAUAUCAAUCUAAGACCCUCAGUGGCUCUCUUGUUCCUGUGUCUGCAUACGUGCUUCGGCCGUUGAGUCCUCGUGCCGGCUCCGAUGGAUAUCAAAUCGUCGCCUGGGCACAUGGCACGAGCGGCUCCGCGCCGAAUUGUGCCCCAUCUCAUAUAAAGAACCUUUGGCAACAUUUUCUGGCACCUUACCAACUUGCUCUUCAGGGAUAUGUUGUAGUCGCAACGGACUAUGCUGGCCUAGGGGUUUCCAAAGAUGCUUCAGAUAUCGCUAUUCUCCACGAAUAUCUCGUGGGUCCGAGCCACGCAAAUGGCCUUUUUUACUCAGUCGAGGCGGCUCAGGCCGCUUUCCCAGAGCUCUCAGCUUCUUUUGUUAUCGCUGGGCACUCCCAAGGUGGUGGGGCUGCAUGGGCUGCCGCUCAACGGCAGGCCGUAGACCCUGUCUCUGGAUAUUUGGGAGCUGUUGCCCUAGCCCCCAUCACGACCGUCAUUGACCAAUCUGAGCCAACUCUCUCCAUAAUUGGGCUGGCAAUGACACCUGUGAUCGAGGCGACGUUCCCCGAACUCAAGCGCACAGAUAUACUCACGCCCGAUGCUGUUGAGAGACUCGCUUUGGCUCGGCAGAUUGGGGGAUGCUCUACAACCUCUUUGACGGUGUUAAUGGGCGUGCAGCUUAUGCAACCGGACUGGCUGGAGAACCCUUUUGUCCGAAAGUUUCAGGCUUUGAUUGCUAAUGGGGGGAUUGCUAUUGCGGAGCCCCUUUUAGUGAUCCACGGCGAGGGGGAUCCCCAGUUGAACGUCAAUAUGACCACUGCUGCGAUUGAACGGACAGCGGCGGAGUUUCCUAGAGCGAAGAUAGAAUAUAUUCGGGUCCCAGGCAUGUCACAUAAUGGUUGUAUGCCGGGUUCCCAAUGGCUAUGGAUGGAUUGGAUUGCAAAUCGUUUUGCCGGAAUUGAGCAGAAGCCGGGGUUGAAAAGCUGGACAUUGAGUGUUGCUAUGCCGAAUUCCUCCUACCAACGAGAGUUAAACUGGUCGGUUGCGCCGGCCACUAAAUUCUAUGAGACACCCUGA